UUCGGCCUCUCCGCCCUCUCUCUCGCUCUCGCGAACACGGAAUCCCUCGUUUCUUCUCUCUUGACCUAAAAAACCCCUAAAAAAUUUCCGAUUCCCACACUUCUGCCUCGAUCACAGGCCUUGUAACGCCGAUUGAUCCUCCGAUUACCGCCGGCGAUGGCGACGGCGGCCUUCAGAUCGACCUCGAGGCGGUCCGCCGUAGGCGGCGGCGGUGCCGAGGACGCAGGGUCCUCCAACCGCAGCGCGGGCCACCGCCGGUCGAGGAGCCUCAGCCACUACUCCGGCCGGUUUCCGCCGCCACCGCCGCCAGAGUCCGACGAGUUCUCCACACCGAGGGGCAGGUUCGUCAACAAGGUGAGGGGGUCCGGCUUCCCUGAGAUCAGCCUCGAUGAUCUUGCCGACGAGUUCUUUCGGGCGAGGGCGGAGUCGGAUGAGGAGGAGGGAAGCAGGUCGGCGGGCCGCCGGUCCGAUCGCCGGAGUUCAGUCGCUAGCUAUAGGAUGGAGACGGAGUCUUCUCGCCGGCGGGGAAGGUCGGCGUCGAGGCCUCCUGACCGGAGUUCUGUGAACGGGAAACCCACCUCUGGUGGUAACUCGAGACGGCAGCGAUCCGUGUCGGUAGCUCGGCAUCGGUGUAGUGAUUCGGAGAGCCACUCUUCUUCACUAACUGAUGAUGAAGCACAGGAAGUUCGUUCAAGUAAAAGUGGGACUGAGAAAACAAUUCGGGCAGUUUAUGCCCAGGAAAAGUUGGAACAUCCCACUGGGGAUGGGGAAGGGACUGGAUUAUAUGAAGCCAUGCGCAAAGAAGUGAGACAUGCAGUAGAAGAGAUCAGGACAGAGCUCGAGAAGGUCAUGACAAAAACGGAACCCUCAACAAUUCUCAGUGACAAUGAGAAACAGGCAAAUAGUUCCAACAUUAUCCAAGUUAUUGCUGAUAUCAGAAGGAAUUACACCACCAAAUUGGAACAGUCAGAGAAGCGGAAGCAAGAAUUACUGGCAGAACUAGCAGCAGAGGAGCAGCAUGGUCAGGAGCUUUCUAAAAUUGUUAAAGAGUUUCUUCCUUCGUCAAAAGUAACUGCUGCUUCGGAAAGACCCUCUCGAUCUAGAAGAAGGAGCAAUGAUAGAAUAAGGGCGUCAAGACAUCUGACUGAAGAGGCAGAAAGGUAUUUUGAAGAUUUUCUUUCAAAUGUUGAAGAUACAGACAUGUCUUCCUUUGAUGGAGAAAGAAGUGAUGCAAGCUCAAAGAUAAGAGACUUGAUGGUGCAUGAUUAUGUACCAGAAACAUCGACAAGUUUGACAAAAGCUGCUUCACUGCCUGUUGAGGCAGAUGGUGUUGUACUUCCUUGGUUGCAGUGGGAAACCAGUAAUGAUACAUCUCCUUCACCAUGCAAAACUAAGACAGAGUCGCCAGUGGCAUCAGAAAAUAUUUUGCCUGCUUCAGCACAGGAAGCAAGUGCUGGAUUUGAUAGUGGGAAACUCAUCAGAAGUAGUCUUGGGAUUUGGAACCCUGAAGGAGAUCCCGGCUCCUCUGUGCCUUGCAGAGACAAAAAGGGUGGCAGACCUGGAGAUGUAGUAAACCACCUGAGCAGUUCCGAUGGUAGAGCAAAAGGGUCUAAUUUUGACAUGGAUGAUUACCUGGCCUUGCAACGCAAUGAAGAUCUCCUCUUCGAAAGGCUGCGGCAGAGGCAGAGAAUAGAAUCAGGUAGCCUGAUUUUAUGUGGAAGAACCAUACUAUAGAGCUGGUUUGAGAUUUAACUAAGUUUAGCUUUCUUUGUAUCACGUAGAGUGUUGUAUAUAGACAUUUGAAUUGAUCAUCCGCCUAAAAUGGUUGAGCGUUAAAUGUCUGCUUUUCAAAUCCAAGCUACCACCCCUGUUUAAAUUUUUGUAACUGAACGUUGCUAUCUUUUAUAAAGGAGCAUCAGUUCCUUAAAUUUGCUAAA